AUGAGUGAAUUAGAAUAUUUUAAUAAAGAAUAUGUUUCCCCUCACAAACGUCACCGACUUUAUGUACAAGACAGAGAAGUUAGAGAUAUUUUUAACAAAGGACGGAAGCAUGACUCUUCGAACAAAAAAGAAAACAACAGGCAUGGCUUUAAUGAAAAACGUACAGGUUUUGAUUACGGCCCCUCAAGAUUUGACGAUAAAAAAUACGUUAAUAAUUAUUUAAAAGAAGGCGAUUUUAAUAAAAAGCUAAAUGUGGAACUUUUCGAUCCUUACAAAGUGCAAACCCAGCAUCCAGCGGGCACGUUGCAUCGAAUCAUUUCUAAAGCAAAUCAAAUCGAAAAGGAAGAAGAAACGACGUCCGAAUAUUUAGAUAUAAAGGAGAAUGAAAAACAUUUCGCUGUCUAUGAGAUUGGAAGUCCUGAUUUGUGGUAUACAGUUCAUGUUCAAUUGUAUGAAAAAUUGAGUACACCGGAGGGAAAAACUAUAUGGAAUGAUAUCACAAAAGCCGAGAUAGCUAGCGUCAGUACUCUACAUCCCGAAUGGAAUAAUGAAGAUAUGAGUAUACGAUAUCGACCUGCAAAAUGGGUGUCACGGGAUGAAUUCUAUUUACCUAAAGCUAGGCUAUGUUUACUUGUGCCUAUACGUGACACAAACUUAAACGAUCAGAGAAACGAUGCGGAGUCAAUAAUUGACAAAUUUGGAGAAUACUUGGUUGUAUCCAGUGAAGAUGUUAUCACUGUAAAUGACCCAAAGAAGGAAGAAAGUAUUUCAUCAGCCUCACCUGCAAUAAAUAUAUCACAGCAAGAGGUAAAAAAAUAA